AUGACACAUUCCCCCGGUGCUCUUAUUUGGAAGCUAGCUGCUGGAGAAUCGGGAGGAGGAGCACCGGCGGCGACCAUUCAUGGAGUUCCUGAUGCAGCCUAUGCAUGGGAGGUGGGAGAAAGCUUGGUACCGCCGCUAGUGGCGGCGGUGGCGCCUGUGCUGCUGGAGGCGGAUGUGGUACAUGCGACAUUGCAGCAGCUAGUGGUGGAGAAGGGCGUUCUGGGGUAUGUGCGCUCGGCCGUCAGUGGUGAUGCCCAGAUUGUGUCAGCCAAGCCAUCGGCGGCAGUCAGGAUGGAUAGCUCGCCACCGUCGUCGGAGCGGUCUACUGGGAAGAUGAAUCCUCGGGUGCCUGGAUGGAAUAAGAGGUUGAGGAUUGGAGCUGCUGUACCAACAGGCCGCCUUGUCCAAACCGGAUCGGUGCAUUCGAGAAGGCUGUGCGGAGUUUUGCUGAGAACCCGACUGACAAUGUUAUCACACCAGUUAUCGGCACCAACAUUCGACUCGAUGGGUGAGGCGUAUGACUUCUACAAUUUGUACUCGUGGGAGAAGGGAUUUGGCAUUCGUUACAGGAAGAGCAGGCUAAAUGUGGAGAGGACCAAAAGCAUGCAGGAAAUAGUUUGUGGUUGCUCGGGCAAAGCUGGUGUGGGGAACACCAGGUCUUGUCAUUGCGAGUGCCCCGCUCUAAUAAGGUUGCUACGAGUGGAGGAAAACGGAUGGUACAUUGCAGAGCAUAGAGAUAGUCACAACCACUCGUUGUUGCCUAAUUUUGGUGAGACAAUCCAUUGGCCCUCACACAAGCACAUAGAUGUGUACACCAGGAAUCUAGUGAAACAGUUAAGGCAGAACAAUGUGAACUUAGCAAAGGUGUACAACAUCAUUGGAGGCUUCAUUGGAUCAAUGGAAAAUGUUUCGUUCACUAAGAGGUCGUUGUGUAACCUGUGUGGGAAGAUAAUCAGGGACCAUGCAGAAGAUAAUGUGAAGAAGACAAUGGAUGUUUUUGCAGAGAUAGGGGCUAAAGAUCCACACUUCACAUAUAGGGUUGAGUCUGACAAUGAGGGCAGGAUUAAGAAUCUGAUGUGGGCAAAUGGGAGCAGCAGGCUUCAGUACUCAUUUUUUGGAGAUGUCAUAACAUUUGACACGACUUAUCGGACUAAUCUGUACGACAUGCCUUUUGGCCUGUUUGUAGGGGUAAAUAAUCAUUUUCGGAGUGUGAUCCUGGCAGGUGUGCUCGUGCGUGAUGAAACUGAAGAUAGUUUUGAGUGGGUUUUCUCAGGAUUCCUUCGAAUGAUGGGCGGGUCUCCACCGGUGACCAUACUAACAAACCAGAACCGGGCUAUGGAGCUGGCUAUCAAGAAAGUUAUGCCGGAUGCAACACACCGGUGGUGCAAGUGCAUGUGCUGAAGAAAGCAAAAGAGUCAUUGGGUAGUCUGUACACGAAGAAAAGUGAUUUCAGAUCUGAAUUUCAUAAGGUCAUAAAUCACAUCUUGACAGAAGAUGAAUUCGAGCAAGCUUGGGAGAUGUUGCUGGACAAAUACAAGCUUAGGGCACAUUCGUACAUGACAAACCUGUUUGAAAUCCGUAAGAAAUGAGCGAAGCCUUAAUUUAAGGGAGUUUUUUGUGUAAAAAUGACCAGCACACAAAGGAGUGAGAGUGCGAACCAUAUGCUUAAAGAUUAUGUGCCUCCUGGUUGAACAAUGCACAUGUUUGUUCAGAAAUACAUGAGGCUCUAGUUUGACCAGAAAUCGGAGAACUACGAAGAGAAAUGAACAUGAAUUGUGAGAA